UGCAGCCUGGGGUGCGGAUCCGAGCGAGCGUGGCGCCGCGGGCAGGUCUCGGCACGCGGCCCUUGGAGGCCGCUUGAAGGAGGCGCACCGAGCGCGCGGUGGAGCCCGCGAUCCGAGGUCGGCGCGGGGCUGGCCCUCCGGGACCCCGGGUCUACCCGCCGGCCCGCGGAGCAGGUUGCGCGCAGCGCUUUUGUGCUUCCGUUCCCUGCUGUUCCGGCUCUGCGAGCCGCGGCCCCCACGCAGGUAAAGGCGCUCUGAUUUGGGGAAGCACAAGUCAACCUUUAAACGAGUCUCAUUCUUUAAAAGAUGUGUCAGAAGUGGAUGCAAAGCUUAUCUACAAUGAAGGCGAAUCUGAAUGUUUGAAAGGCUCCUGAAGAGAAACCACUGCACAUAAAUGUUUCAUGAAGGAGGGUCGUCCAGAGCAUAAGGCUGAUUUGCAGAUACACAGUGGAGAGACGCGGACACCACCGCACCCGGCCAGAAGCCUGGCUCCCUCGUGGAAAGUCUCUGGCUGCCAGCACCCCUAGGCAGGGAUAUGGCCUCAAGCCGACUAGGGGCCAGGGGGCAGUGCCUCCAUUUGCUGAAGAUGAGGGGCUUCUUGCUGCUGAAGCUCUUGGCCGCUGUCUUGGCUGUGCUUCUCUUCUGUGAAUUUCUGAUCUACUACCUCGUCAUCUUCCGGUGCAGCUGGCCCGAGCUGAAAACCCCUGAAGGUGCCGGUGCCCUUGGGGCCCCCAAGGCCCCUGAGCCUGUGCUCAGGGCCAUGUUCUUGGCUGACACCCACCUGCUCGGGGCCGUGAGAGGCCACUGGCUGGACAAAUUACGGAGGGAGUGGCAGAUGGAGCGAGCCUUCCAGACAGCACUGUGGCUACUGCAGCCGGAAGUUGUCUUCAUCCUGGGGGAUGUCUUCGAUGAGGGGAAGUGGAGCUCGCCCGAGGCCUGGGCGGACGAUGUGGGGCGCUUCUGGAAGGUGUUCCGACACCCGCCCCAUGUGCAGCUGUGGGCUGUGGCUGGCAACCACGACAUCGGCUUCCACUACCAGAUGGACACAUACAGAAUAAAACGAUUUGAGAAAGUUUUCAGCCCUGAAAGGCUAUUUUCUUGGAAAGGGAUUAAUUUCGUGAUGGUCAACAGCGUUGCGCUGGAGGGGGACGGCUGUGACAUCUGUUCCAGGGCAGAGGCUGAGCUCCUGGAAAUCUCUCACUGGCUGAACUGCUCCCGGGAGGAGCAUCGCCCCCGCGGGUGCGGAGACAGACAGUGGCUGCCAGCCUCAGCCCCCAUCCUGCUACAGCACUUCCCGCUUUACCGGAGAAACGAUGCCAACUGCUCCGGGGAGGACGCAGCGCCCCCCGACGAGAAGUACACCCUCUUCAGGGAGCGCUAUGACGUGCUGUCCCAGGAGGUCUCACGGAAGCUGCUGUGGUGGCUGCAGCCGCGCCUGGUCCUCAGCGGCCACACGCACAGCGCCUGCGAGGUCCAGCACGGGGCAGGCAUCCUGGAGGUCAGCGUGCCGUCCUUCAGUUGGAGGAACAGAAACAACCCCAGUUUCAUCAUGCCUCAGAUUGAACCCAAUCUCUUCUAAGAAGCCAAUUCCAGAGAACAGAAUUGACAGCCCAGAAACAAACCCACAACAUAGAGACAACUAAUUUAUGACAAAGGAGCAAAGAACGUACACUGGAGAAAGGAUGGUCUCUUUAAGAACUGAUGUUGGGGAAACUGGACGGCUCCACGGAAAAUAAUCAAACCAGACUGCUACCUCACACCCUACAUAAAAAUCAAACUCAAAACAGAUUAAAAACUUGAAUAUAAGACCUGAAACCACAGAAUUCCCAGAAGAAAGCAUAGGCCAUGUUCUCCAGCACUGGUCUCAGUAAUUUUUCUUUCUGGAUGUCUCCUCAGGCAGGGGGAAGAAAAGCAAAAAUAAACAAAAGCGACUACAUCAAUCUAAGAAGAUUUUGCACAGCGAAGGAAACCACUAGCAAAACAAAAAGACGGCCUACCAGAUGGGAGGAGGUAUUUGUAAAUCAUGUGUCUGAUAGGGGUUAAUAAUCACAAUAUAUAAAGAACUCAUAGAACUCAGUAGCUAAAAACAAUCCAAUUAGAAAAUGACACUGUCACUGGGGGGCUCUGGGUGGGGUCAGGAGCAAAAGAACUCAGGGGAGGUCUGAGUUCAAAUGGACCCUCAGCCAGGAGCCCACCGAGCUGGGCACCAUCCAACGCCCAGGGAUGGUAACCCAGAUGUACCUGUCCUGCUCCAGACAGAACCUAAGCAUCUGGCUGUAGGAAAACGAACCUGGUAAAC